GGGCGGCGGGAGCGGAUGCGCUCAGGGUGGGAGCCGGGGCAUCGUCCUUCCUGGGACCAAAGCGCAGCCCCGGUUGUGGCUGCAAAACCUCCAGGUGCCCAGGUGCACAGGCUGCGUCCCCCGCCCCCCGCCCGGCCUGUCCCGAAGGAGGCGCCUCGCAAUCAGCCUCAGGACCAGAAGCUCCUCACCCUGGAGGCACGGCCCCGCUCACAGAGGCCGAGGGACCCGGCAGCCGAGCGUGCGGACCAGACCCCAGCGAUGACCAGUUCCCCCGUCUCCAGAGUCGUCUACAACGGCAAGAGGAACAGUAGCCCCCGCUCCCCCCCCAACAGCAGCGAGAUCUUCACCCCGGCCCACGAAGAGAAUGUGCGCUUCAUUUACGAAGCCUGGCAGGGCGUGGAGCGGGACCUGCGGAGCCAGAUCUCCGGCAACGAGCGGGGCCUGGUGGAGGAGUACGUGGAGAAGGUCCCUAACCCCAGCCUGAAGACCUUCAAACCCAUCGACCUGAGCGACCUGAAGCGCCGCACGCAGGAUGCCAAGAAGUCCUAAGACCGGGCCUGGCCUCCGGGGGUCCGCGCCCGUGUGCUCCGCUCUCCCCUGGGCCCGGCUCCGGGAGGGGGAGGGGAGCCGGGUGCGCUCCCUGUGGGUGGCAAACCCAGGAUCCAGGCGGCGAUUGAAGGCCAGCCCGCCCCUCCCCAGCCCUUCCUCUCCCCGGGAGGCUCAGCUGCCGGCCUGGGAGGCUGCCCUGCCAGCCCCGCACUCCCGGCCUCGCCGCCUGGGUGUCUGGAGCUCCCUGGCCUGCCUGCCCCCAGGGUCCUGACCCUGAUUCCUGUCUCCCACUGCCCCCGCCCCGGCCACCUCCAGGAAUAGGACAGACUGAGGGCCCUCUGGUCUCCUGGGCCUGGGGGUCUCGUCCAGGUUUGACUGAGGUGGCCAGAGGCAAGGCAAGGGCGGCCCCACCCACACCCAGUCUGGGUCCCACGUUGCUGCUUCUCUGGCCUGGACACAUGGGAGCAAAUAACCCGACCCCUGCACCCCCUCACUGCCCAGCCUGGCCCCUCCUCCAGGCCUGGGUCCCCGGUGCCUCAUGGGGCUCUGGCCCUGGGGUGUGUGCCCUGUGGCCGUAGCAGCCCCUCGGCAGGGGCCAGGGCCCUGGGGUCCUGUCUGUUCCCUGCGGGAGGGUCGCCAGGGCCCUUACCCUUUGCUGAGCCCGGGACCCGUGAAUAAAGGUGGCGAUGCUGGUG